AUGGAUUUACGUUCGCGUAAAGAACCAACGAUGGGUGUGAGCCGAAAUCUCACCGAAGUUUUCUCGCUGCUCCGUUCAAAUGCUCAGCAAAAUAAAUAUAUCUAUAUGAACAGCGCGAUGCCUAGCACAAACAGGAGCAAAAACAUUGCAGAGGAAAAGAUGAGUCUUGUAAGUCUUGAAGAAGGCGGAGACCAUUGUGAUGAUUCACCCAGACAGCCGAUGUGGAUUCACACGUGCGAUGAAGUAGAAUUCGAGUUUGGACGAGUUCGAAAUCGGGUCGAAGAACUGGCCAAUGCGCAACAGAAGCAUAUUUCGCGACCGAAUUUCGGAGAUGAAGCGUUUGAAGCGGAGGAAAGGCGAAUGGAAAGCAUGACAGAGCAAAUCACGUCUAUGUUGGCACAUUGCCAACGAUUGAUCAACAUGAUCUCCACACAAAGUUCCCGGAUGGAGAAUAACUCUGAGAGAAAGCUGCGUGAGAACACAGUUUCGGCUUUAAUCUUCACGUUAAGUCAGUUAACGAAUGAAUUCCGUACACGCCAGUCAAAGUAUUUGAAGGACAUAAAGAAUCGAACGAGCAAUGUCGACAACUUCCUGGUCACCACGGGGCAGUCCGAUGAUUUGCAGUGGGGUGAACUUGUUGACGUAACGCCGUCGCGAGAGUAUACCAUGGAUCAAAUUCAGCAGAUGAUGAUGAAUGAACAAGCUGUAAAAGAGCGAGAAAAGGAGGUGAGCAAGCAAGCUUGA